GCACCAGUUUCCGUUCGUCUUCUAGGGCUUUCUCCGUUCCCUCGAUCGUUUUGUUGUUUCGCCGGAGGCGGAGGCUUUGGAAAUCUAGGGUUUCUCUUCGCCGGUGAUCGAAAGCCAUGGCGGGAAAGGAAGUGCGGGAGUACACCAACCUCAGGGACCCCAAAGAUCGGAAAUGGGGGAAAGGGAAAGACAAGAUCGACGACGAGGACGUCACCUUCCAACGGAUGGUGGCUAAGGCAUGCGUGUUGGAAACAUUUUCUAUGUUAGUGUUCUGAUAACGUGCCCCGGCAGGGAUAUUGGCUUCUCCUGUUGGGCGGUUGAUGCUAGCAGAUGCAGGAAGUUGCCGGUGAACGUGGAGGCUACCUUCAUGGGCGAGGCGGUACUUGAUUUUCUUUUUCGCAGCAAUGUUAUAUACUUUCAUGAUAUGGUUAACUUUGUGGUGGUUCGCUCUCAGCUUUGGACAGCGAUGACUUGCUAUAUCUUAAAGAACAAAUGGAAGCCGAGGAAGAUGCCGAGCGUCUUCUACGGCGCACUGAAAAACGGGCAUUUGCUGCAUUUAAGAGCUGCAAGUUUGGCGGACUCCUCACCUGCACCUUUGCCCCUGCCACUUCGGGUUGAACCGAAGCCAAAGAGUGGCAUAAGGCAGCAAGAUCUCUUGAAAAACAUCAUUGGAAUCAAACCUAAGCGGCAGAAGGUUUCGAGCCCUGGUUCUUUGCAACCUGAGCAUUCCACCCAAUCUUUCCCUGGAAGAGUUGCGUCACCUGCAGACAGUGAAGGAAAGCUUGGGAAGAAUCUAUCUCCCACGAGGCCAUGCGAAACACAGAAAAGUUCAUGCUUGGUGGCUGCCGUUGGGGUGCACAAGAAACAGGAAGAGCAGGAGGGUAAAGAUCCUUCCAUGAAAUCAAAGGGUGCAGAGGAUGCAGUUAAAAGUUUGCUAGGUUUAGCUUAUGAAAGUUCCGAUGACGAAUGACAAGAGAAAAAAUAUGCAUGCAAUUUUGUUGCAUCUCAUAAAAUUUUAGGCUGUUUGUUUUUCAGUUUUAAACCUUGUUGACCUAUUUAUGUAAUGUGAGGAAUGUUGGUGGUAAA